GUGCGGCGGCGCUGGAGCGGGAUGUGUGACCGCAACGGUGGCCGGCGGCUGCGGCAGUGGCUCAUUGAGCAGAUAGACAGCGAGCUCUACCCUGGGCUUAUCUGGGAGAAUGAGGAGAAAACCAUGUUCCGCAUCCCAUGGAAACAUGCCGGGAAGCAGGACUACAACCAGGAGGUGGAUGCAUCUAUUUUCAAGGCCUGGGCUGUUUUCAAAGGCAAGUUCAAAGAAGGUGACAAAGCAGAACCGGCCACAUGGAAGACGCGGCUGCGCUGCGCUUUGAACAAGAGCCCUGACUUUGAGGAGGUGACAGACAGGUCCCAGCUCGACAUCUCUGAGCCAUACAAGGUCUACAGGAUCGUGCCAGAGGAGGAACAGAAAAGCAAAGCAGGCAUUGCCAAUGGGAGCAGCCUGAAUGAUGUCACGGAGAUGGACUGCAAUUCCUCUGCAAUGAAUGAUCUCAUGAAGGAGCCCACCUGUGUAGAUGACUACCUGGGGAUCAUCAAGAGAAGCCCCUCACCACCCCAGGAGACCUGCAGAAACCCCCCAAUACCUGACUGGUGGAUGCAGCAGCCCAGCCCUGCAUUACCACUGAUGAAUGGAUUCUCCAGCUACGAGCAGCAUCAUUCAGGCUAUUCCCAGAUGGUGAUCAGCUUCUUCUACAGCGGGAGGCUGGUGGGGCACAUCACCACGUCAUGCAGCGAGGGCUGCCGGCUCUCACUCAGCCAGCCCUCCAACCAUGGGGAGAAACUCUAUGCCCCGGAUGCCCUGGAGCACGUGCGGUUCCCCUCUGCUGAUGCCAUCCAGAAUGACCGCCAGAAGCAGAUCACCAAGAAGCUCUUUGGGCACUUGGAGAGGGGGGUCCUGCUGCACAGCAACAAGCAGGGCAUCUUCAUCAAGAGGCUCUGCCAGGGCAGGGUCUUCUGGAGCGGGAACACCAUGGUCUACAAGGACAGGCCCAACAAGCUGGAUCGGGAUGAGGUGGUGAAGAUAUUUGAUACCAACUCAUUCUUUAGAGAGCUGCAGCAGUAUUACAACAACCAGGGCCGCUUCCCAGACAGCAGAGUCAUGCUGUGCUUUGGAGAGGAGUUCCCAGAUGCAGGACUGCUGCGGUCUAAGCUCAUCCUUGUGCAGGUGGAGCAGCUGUGUGUCAGGCAGGUGAUGGAGGAGGCUGAGAAGACCUGCAGCAGCAGCCCCCUGCUCCCCAUAGCUGAUGAGACGCAGCAUGAACAAGUGUACAGGAUCUUCCAGGACAUCUGUCCAGCGCACCAGCGGCCGCUCUUCAGGGAGAACCAGCAGAUUGCUGUCUAAGCCUCCUUCUCUGCUGUCAUAACAUGGUGGUUUGGGGUGAUCUAGACCCGAUUUGGUCCUCUUAGUGCCUGAAUUCCCUUUCUGGAAAGUUGGCUUUUGCUCUUUGCUGUUUCCAGUCCAGAGUCUAUGAAUACAACAGUAAAUAUUGCUGUAGGUUGGGUGCUCAUCCAUCAGUGAUCUUUGCUGAUAGAAAUGACUUGUACCCAGUAGGGUAGUCCCAGUACCAUUGUCUGUAGCUAAUGGCAGGGGGAGGAGGGAGUGUCCGGGCUGGGGUUGGCUUUGCUUUGUGUUGUCUUUGUUCGUGGCCAGUCAAGCAGAUCCAAAGCUCAACAGCUAUAACGCCCUGCUCUAGUGGUUUGCAGCUCAGGCCUUGCUGAGAGUAGCAAUUUAUUAGGGGAUAACUCUUCAGAAGGCCUUAAGAUGCUCAUAUAUAGGAAAUUCUUUGUGUAAAUCAGCUUUUUUCCCCCAAAGACUCCUGCUGAUGGAAGCCAGGCUAUGCCUUCCAAGCAGGACCUUCUCAAAUCCCUCUAUUUUUGCUAUCUGUAAUACUGAAGUAUUUUGAAAUGCACAGAUUAUAUAUGUGAAUGUUGAAUAUAAGAACUUAGGAAUCUUAAUUUUUCCUAAGCAGAGACAGAGUUUAUAUAAAUAUUAAAUAUCUUUUAUUUUCAAGAUCGCAGUGUAGUUGAAUAGUUUGGUUUCACCCUCCCAAAUGCAUGUGUUGGUCUCUUCCCAAGCAUGACCAGGCAGUGGCAUCCAUGUGUAAAUCCUCAUUAACAUGCUUUGUGGGUUGACACAAAGCAUGUUCAUGCAGCUGACACAAACCAGGACUGCACAUGUGUGCGUGCUACUAAGCUGCCUAUUUAUUUUAUGCCUGAGGUUUAUUGACUCUUUUGGGUUUUUUUAUCUCCCCCCCGCAAUU